UUCAUAUUCGCUCUACUUAUACCUGUUUUCUCUUAGUAAGAAAAUGAAAAUAUUUCUGUCAUUAAUAUUUGAUUAAGAAUAUCAUCACUACUGAAAUAAAAUCUGGCAAUGAAUACUAGAAUAAUUAACUUUCUUAUUUCGCGUUCAUUUGUUUUUCUUUUUAUGAAAUACCUUAUGACGUCAGAAAAUAAGUUAGUUCUUGAAACAGACAGAAAGCAUUACAAAUAACACAUUCAAUAUGUCUUCAUUGACUGUUUCAUUGAAUAUAGCGUAAAAACUGUUAGUUCGAUAUGGUCAUACGACAAUAUUUUGUACUGGGUACAAUUGGUUUAUUAAUAAAUAUAGUUCUUUUUCUAGGACGUCAAUUACGAUCAAACUCAUGCUGUAUUUGUAAAUUGUUUAAUCAUACAACAAUAAUUGAUAAUUUCCUGUUUUUCAAUUAAAGAUUUAUUAUCAUCAUUAAUAAGUGCAUUAAUAUUCCUUUCAAUAGGCAUUGUACCACAAAUCUAUACUGUUUAUAAUUUUAAAAAUCCAUUUACUACAAUAUCAAGUUUUUGUAGGACACGAGCUUAUUUAAAUCAAACAAGUGCUAUGUCAUGUCGUUGGCUAUUAGUUAUGGCUUACAUAGAUCGUUGUUUUUCAUGUUCAACUGGUGCUCAUAUUCGAAAAUUAUCUUCUGUAAAUUUAGCUCAAAAAAUAACUAUUAUUAUAACUGAACGUUUUUCUACUUAA